GAGACAGCAUCCGUAUUUAAAGGCGCCAACGGUGUUUGAUUCGGAAUCAGUCGUGUGCACGUCUGCCAUUUUCUCCUGGGUUUUUUCGGUAUAAUUUAAGUUGUCGGUAACGCGCGCGCUGAAAAUGCCGGAGGAAACCGCUGUUGCUGCGUCUUCGAGCACUGAGGCUGUGGAGGAGAAGCCAUGCUCAUCCAGUGCUGCAGAGAGCUCUGUAGAUGUGGCUGAAGAGGCAAAGAAGCUGAUUGGCACUGGAAACAGGCACCUGGUCAUGGGAGAUGUUGUAUCUGCAGUCAGCGUGUUCCAGGAGGCCUGUGCCAUGCUAGCUGAGAAAUACGGCGACACUGCCGAUGAAUGUGGAGAGGCAUUCUUCUUGUGUGGGAAGUCCUUGCUGGAGCUUGCCAGGAUGGAGAACUCCGUCUUGGGUAAUGCCUUGGAGGGAGUCCCGGAGGAAUCCUCAGAGGAGGGCGAGAAGCAGAAUGACUCCAAGAUUGAGAGUGCAGAUAACUUGGAUGAGAAAACCAGAGAUGAGCUCCGUGAACAGGUUUAUGAAGCUAUGUCUGAGAAGAGGGAUUCUCAGGAAGGGGAGCCAAAAAUGGAUAAAGAGCAAGAAGUCAAGGGAAAAGAACGGAUGGAAGAUGGUGAAGCUGCUGCUGAAAAUCGAGAGAAGACUGAGGCCAGUGCUGAAAAUCGAGAAAAGCAUGAAGCUGGUGCUGAAAAUCGAGAAAAGCAUGAAGCUGGUGCCGAAACUCGAGAGAAGGCUGAAGCUGCUCCUGAAAAUCGAGAGAAGGCUGAAGCUGCUCCCGAAAAUCGAGAGAAGACUGAAGCACCUGCAGAAAAUCGAGAGAAGGUUGAGGCUACUGUGGAAGCUGAAAAGUCCACAGAAAAUCUUAAAAGUGAAGUGCAAACUGCUGAAAGUGUUAAGGAGGAGUUGGACAAGGAAAUCUCCUCGAAACAAGAUGGUGCUGAGGUUGCAAAGGAGGAUGCUGAGAAAGAUGUUAAAAGCACAGCGGAACAGGGUGGGAAUGAAGAACAGCCAGAGCCUAUGGAGGAAGAUGCUGGAGAUGCUGAAGAUGAUGAUGAUGAUGAUGAUGAAGACAAUGAUGAUGAAGAAGCAGCAGAUGCCAAUGCAGAGGAUAAGGAGGAGGAGGAGGAUGUUGGAAAUCUCCAGUUAGCAUGGGAGAUGUUGGAAGUGGCUAAAGUGAUCUACAAAAGAAAGGAAAGCCAAGAGGACCAACUAAUGGCGGCACAGAUUUUCUUGAAACUUGGAGAAGUUGGAGCAGAAUCAGGAAACUACAGCCAGGCUCUAGAGGACUUCCAGGAGUGCUUAGCCAUACAGGUGAAGCAUCUUCCUCCUCACAGUCGUCUGCUGGCAGAGACUCAUUACCAAUUGGGCAUGACGUUUAGCUACACGGGCCAGUACAGCCAGGCCAUCCAGCACUUCAGCAGUUCCAUCAAAGUCAUUGAGAGCCGCCUGGCCAUGCUUCAAGAAAUAAUUGACAAAACAGAAGGUGCUGAAGGAGCAGCAGAGGAAAAGCGUGAACUAGAGGAGCUGAAGCAGCUUCUGCCAGAAAUUUCUGAGAAGGUGGAAGAUGCAAAGGAAAGCCAGAGGACAGCUGCUGUAGCAUCGGAAGCGAUUCACCAGACCCUGGGAGGGGCAUCUACAUCCUCAGGAUUUGCAACUGAAAAUGGUGCUUCAUCUUCAUCAACAGCUGCCCAGAUUGCAGUUAAGCCUGCUGAUGGUGCAUCCUCUUCAAAAUCCGCAUCGGAUAUCUCUCAUCUUGUCCGCAAAAAGAGGAAACCAGAAGACGAGAGCCCAAAAAAGGACAGUGAUGCUAAAAAGGUCAAACAGGAGACCACAAUUAAUGGCAGCGCCGACUCUGCCAGCAACAGCAAUGGAGUCCAGGAGAAAAUGGAGCAGGAGGCUGUGAAUUCCUCUACCUCUGCAGAAGCCACAGCGUGAUGGGGGGGAUUUUCUAAACUGCCCAAUGAUCUUCCAACCAGCACAGCAUGCCUGCCUCAAGUCUCAUGAACAGCAUUUUGUUUUGUAAAUAGAACAUCAAAAUUUUUUUUUUUUUUUUUUUUUUUUUUUGUCUGUCCAAAUUUUGUAUU